UCAAGACGAAGCAACGGUGGUAGAGAGAGUGCACGGUUGUACAACGUUAAAUUUAGGUUUAUUUAACUCCAGAAAUGCCGUAUGCUAACCAACCGACGGUGAAGAUCACAGAACUGACAGACGAAAAUGUCAAGUUUGUCAUUGAAAACACCGAUUUGGCGGUUGCGAACUCUAUCCGGCGUGUCUUCAUGUCAGAAGUGGCCACUAUAGCCAUUGACUGGAUCCAGAUCGAUGCCAAUUCAUCAGUACUGCAUGAUGAGUUCGUUGCACACAGGGUUGGUCUCAUACCUCUCACAAGUGAUGACAUUGUGGACAAAAUGCAGUAUUCAAGAGACUGUACCUGUGAUGAUUUCUGUCCAGAGUGCUCUGUUGAGUUAACGCUGGACGUUCGAUGCACUGAAGACCAGACGCGUCAUGUCACCUCCCGCGACCUUCUGUCCAACAACCCCAGAGUCAUCCCGGUGACUUCCAGGAGUCGAGACAAUGAUCCCAAUGACUACGUUGAACAAGAUGACAUUUUACUGGUGAAGCUUCGCAAAGGUCAGGAGCUGCGGCUCAGGGCAUAUGCCAAGAAAGGCUUUGGUAAAGAACACGCCAAGUGGAACCCAACAGCAGGGGUGUCCUUCGAGUAUGACCCAGACAAUGCACUGAGGCACACGGUCUACCCACGACCUGAGGAGUGGCCAAAGAGUGAAUAUUCAGAGAUUGAGGAAGAUGAGGUUCAGGCUCCAUAUGACCCCAAUGGAAAGCCAGAAAGGUUCUUUUACAACGUGGAGUCAUGCGGCUCUCUGCGACCGGAGACCAUCGUCAUGUCAGCGCUGGCUGUCCUCAAGAAGAAGCUGAGUGACCUGCAGACUCAGCUGAGCCACGAGAUCCAGAGCGACGUCCUCACCAUCAACUGAGGGCUGCUGCCUCAUAGAGCAGGACCUGCAUUUACACAGCUUGUAAUGACCAGAGGGCUGAUUGAGGAUCAGUGUUCAGGUCACAUGGCACACAUCCAAACAUUGUUUAUGGCAUUGAGUGUAUCCUCUCUGAGUACUGGCCUUGGAUCUGUGUACAGUGUGCUUUUUAAAAUUUGAGCCACUAAGAAUACUCUUUUGGACUGAGAUCGUAUAAUGUUAAAUGUUUCAUCAAUUGAAUGUUAAUGUAAAAAAUUACAACUGAUGUGAAUUUGAUUUUCAUUUAUCUGGACAUUUACUCUUGAGAUUUCAACAUCAGCAGUGACUGUAACAUAUGCUGUGUAUGCUAAAGUGUCCAAUGCAGAGUUUGUCUCAGAAUGAAUAUUUUUUUUGUUGGCAGCAGUGUAACAUUUACACUAUUAGAUUGUUAUUUUGUUAAAUCUGACUUUUUAAAUAAAUCUGUUUUGAGGCACUUGGUGUUCUUUU